UAGAAAACUGGUCUUGGAAUCAGGAGAAACUGGAUGGGAAUGGCCCCCAUUACACCAGUUGUGUAAUCUUGUGGAAGUCAUUUAACUUCUUUAUCUAUAAAAUAAGGAUGAUCAGACAACUGACUUCAGUUACUGUGAGAGUCAAAUGAGAUAAUGCAUGUGAAGUAUUUUGCAAACAAUGUUGGCUAUGACUAUGAUUUCUCCAAGGGGCAACAAUUCUUUUUUAAGAUUUUCCUUCUGAACUUUCCAGUCCGCUCCAAUUCCCAGGAAAGGAUGAAAAGAUAGUACUUUUUUUUUUUUUUGCCACAAUGAGUUCCUGAAAACAGUGGCAUAAAUUAGAUUUCAUUUUCCCAUAGGAACAAUGCUACAACUGAGAGGGUCUGGUUCUUUUGCUUCCCAUUGUUUUGUUUUGUUUUAAACUUCUUCAGAAACAUUAUGAUGAAAAAUCUCUGAGUGAAAGCAUACAACUACCCUGAAACAGGGUGAGACGUGGGGUCCAUGAGUCAGUACCGGAACUGUUCUGACCCAUCUUCAAAACCUGCAUUGCCUUCAUUAUGAAUCCAGAACUCAUAAUAAUUUCAAAAUUCUCUGUACAUUUCAUGAUGUAUCAAAUUCUCCAGGGCUUCAAGAUUGCUGGUUGCUUUGCAAAGGGUUGCAAUCAAGCUAUGCUUCUCCUGGGAUCCAGGAGAGAAAUGGGAAAGCUUCACCAUCCCAUGAAUUGGCCCUGCACAGCAAUGCUCUCAUUGCUCUUUAUCCCAAGCAUCUCCAAAGGCAUACAUGUGACUCAACCAGCAGUGAUCCUGGCCAACAGCAGAGGAGUCGCCAGCUUUGUAUGUGAAUAUGAGUUGACAGCCAAAACCAAAGAGAUCCGAGUUAGUCUGCUCCGACAGAUGGACGAUGAGUUGGUUGAAGUCUGUGCCUCAACAUAUCUGGUACAGAAUCAACCAGUGUUCAUGGAUGACAUGCUUGAGUGCACAGGAAAUGUCAGUGGGGAUAAAGUGAUGCUCACUCUCACAGGAUUGAAGGCCUUGGACACCGGACUGUACUUCUGCAAAGUAGAACUCAUGUAUCCUCCCCCCUACUAUGUGGGGUUAGGCAAUGGAACACAGAUAUAUGUCAUUGAUCCUGAACCUUGUCCAGACUCUGAUGUCUCACUCUGGAUAUUGGCUAUAGUCAGCUCUGGACUAUUUUUUUACAGCCUCCUCAUCACAGCUGUUUCCUUGAAUAAAAUGCUAAAGAAAAGGAGUCUUCUGACUACAGGAGUCUAUGUGAAAAUGCCUCCAACAGAACCUGAACAUGAGAAGCAAUUUCAGCCCUACUUUAUUACUAUCCACUGAGAUAAUGGUGGUACAAAAAGAGACAAUUGCAAGAGACACUGAGAUCUUCACUUUCAUUGUAACCUGCUUUUUAAAAAUGGAGGGAGGGUAGAGGAUUGAUUUGAAUGUGGGAAGAUAAAAAACAAACCUCUAAUUAAAAUAUAGUUGAGUAUAGAUAAGUAUUUGGAGAAUUAAAAUCCCAAAAGCAGGAUGUCAUAAAAGACAUUUUUCUGACAUCUCAAAGGCAAUAUGAAUAAAAAAGAUCUGUCAAGGAGCAAAGCAAAAAAAAAAAUCUGAUGAUACAGGUUGGUGGAUUUAGAUGAAGGAAAUGUAUGAAGGAGGGAGGGAGAGGACUCCUGUUCCACCUUGUAUUUUAAAUAUGCUAAGCAUGUAUCUGAACAAAAUUAUCUUUUCAAGAUUAGGUAUUAUGUUGUCUUUUUUUUUUUCUUUACAAAUGUUUUGUUACAUGAAGAUUUAAAAAAAAAUAUUGCAGUCAAAUGGCUCUAUUUAAGCCAGGGAUUUCCUCAGUUGUAUCAGUUGUAUUGUACCAAUAUGUAUCCUUUAUAUAGUCUGUAGCAUUAUGUGCCAGGCAGGGAAAGUGCUAGAGUAUCUGCUGAUCAGUUACAUUCAAACACUAUGUGACAGGGUCUUGCCUCCUACUGACUAACUGAGAAAGCUGUUGGUCCAUGGCUCAGGACACUAAUGAACUAGGAAGGGAAGAAAGUCAUUUUACCACUAACUCUGAAUCCAGAUGAAAUAGUAGUAGUUUUCUGGAUUCCCAUAGAAAGGCAAAGUUCCCUUGGCAUGAUAGAAUUCAGGGCAUUGAACACUGAUUCCUCACUACUUUAAUUGACUUCCAACUUAAGUUAAAGCUAGUGGUAGCUGAGCAAAUCCUGACUCAAUACAGUACAAGGAAAAAGCUCAUUCUAGACGUCCUACCAGGCCCAUUUUCAGGAUGUCCCAUGUCUGUGGGACAUAAGAUAAACAUCUAUUUAGCAACAAGGCAGAGAUUAGUUGGCGAUUGGGGAGGGCACAUAAUGUUUCUGAAAGUGAACACUGUUGGAGUGUUUUUAAACUCACUAUUUUCCAUGAAAAUGUAAACAAUAUGUAUAAUAUUUUAAUUAAAGUAUUAUUUGUUUUCCGGA